AUGCCUGGCAGCCACAAGCAGGCCUGCGAUCCCUACUAUCGCAUCACCCUAAGAAUGCUUGGCCAAUUACCCACCAGCCCCAACGAGGCCAUGGGCUCGUACAGCACCGUCAACAAGGCCGCCCCCGGCGUGCCCUUUUACACGCCCGCGCAGGAGCCCGCCAUCGGCUCCGCGGAAGCCAACUCGGCCGCGACGCCCUCCCUCUUCCAGCCGAUCCGGGUGCGCGGGCUCACGCAGCAGAACCGCGUCGUCGUGUCGCCCAUGUGCCAGUACAGCGCCGACGACGGCCACCUGACCGACUACCACCUGGUGCACCUCGGCCAGCUGGCGCUGCACGGCGCCGGGCUCCUCUUCGUCGAGGCCACGGCCGUCGAGCCGCGCGGGCGCAUCAGCCCCGAGGACAGCGGCCUGUGGCAGGACUCGCAGAUUGCGCCGCUCCGCCGCAUCGUCGACUUUGCCCACAGCCAAAACGCAAAGAUUGGCAUCCAGAUUGGCCACGCCGGCCGCAAGGCGAGCACCCUCGCCCCGUGGCUCGGCGGCACAGCCAACAAGACCCUGGCGGACAAGGACGCCAACGGCUGGGCCGACGACGUCGUGAGCGUCAGCCCGAUCCCGUUUGCCGACGACCACGCCGCGCCCAAGGAGCUCACGGUGGCCGAGAUCAAGGGUCUGGUAAAGGCGUUUGCGGACACGGCCAGGCGCGCGGUGACGGCCGGUUUUGAUACCAUUGAGAUUCACGCGGCGCAUGGCUACCUUCUGAGCAGCUCGCUAUCGCCACUGAGCAACGUGUUGCAGAAACGCACCGACGACUACGGCGGCAGCUUCGAGAACCGCACGCGGCUGCUCAAGGAGGUGAUUGGCGCCGUGCGGGGCGUCAUCCCCGAGACGAUGCCGCUGUGGGUGCGCGUAUCCGGCACCGAGUGGAUGGAGUCGUCCGGGCAGCCGUCGUGGGACCUGGCGAGCACGAUCCGGCUGGCGAGGGAGCUGCCGGCGCUGGGCGUCGACGUGCUCGACGUCAGCAGCGGCGGCAACAAUGCGGCGCAGCAGAUCCCGCACGACAACAAGCGCUUCCAGUCGGAGCUGGCGCGGGCGGUGCGCGAGGCGGUGACGGCGGAGAAGCUGCCGCUGCUGGUCGGCACCGUCGGCUUCAUCACGGACGGGCAGACGGCGGCGGACCUGGUGCAGGAGGGCGGCCCGCGGCAGGCGGGCGACUUUGCGCUGCUGGCGCGGCAGUUUCUGCGCGAGCCCGAGUGGGUGCUCCGCGCCGCGCACGAGGUCAAGGUCAAGGCCAAGUGGCCGAACCAGUAUCACCGCGCCGGGCCACCGGUGAGCUUUGAGCGCCACUUUUGA